CACGCCCACGGCUCAUGCGCACUCGCAACUCGAGAUGCGACUCUUGGUUGUACUCUACGCUGGGCUUUGACAGAGACUCCCAGAGGGGUAGAGGGGGCGGACACUAGGUGUCGCGCGCAUGCCUGGCAGGGCCGGGCCGCUCUUCUCCGGUGGCUCGGACGCCACAGCUGGGCCCAAGAUGGACCUCCCGGCCUUGCUCGCCGCCCCGGCCGCGCGCAGAGACCAACAUGGCGGUGGUCCAAGCCGACUUCGCCGAGGCGCGGGGCCAUCCCUCGGUGCUGGUCCCGGGCGCCGCCGCUUGCUGCUGCUGAGGGGCCCGGAAGAUGGCGGGCCCGGGCCGCGUCGGGAGGAGGCCCUGGGGCCGAGCCCGCCUCCCCCGGAGGAUGGCGGCGACUCCUUCGUGGUACUGCUGGAAGUGCCGCGCGCGGCCGACGCCCACGGGCAGGAGGAGGCCGAGCCCGGCCCCGGCGCGAGCCCCACGGAACAGGUCCCGGCCGCCGCCCCCGGCGCGGCUCUGGCGGGCACCGUCACCAUCCACAACCAGGACCUCCUGGUGCGCUUCGACCGAGGCGUCUUCACGCUGGCCGCCGCCCCCGCGCCGGCCGCCCCGGGCCUGCAUCCUGCGACCACCCCGGGCCUGGAGCCCUCGAGCGCUGUUGCGUCCCGCCGCGGGCCGGUGGCCGCCAGCGCUGCCUCUCCAGCCUACCGCUGUCCGGAGCCGCAGUGCGCGCUGAGCUUCGCUAAGAAGCACCAGUUGAAGGUGCACCUGCUGACGCACGGCAGCCUCCAGGGCCGGCGGCCUUUUAAGUGCCCGCUGGAUGGCUGUGGCUGGGCCUUCACCACCUCCUACAAGCUCAAACGGCACCUGCAGUCGCACGACAAGCUGCGGCCCUUUGGCUGCCCAGUGGGCAGCUGCGGAAAGAAGUUCACCACAGUGUACAAUCUCAAGGCGCACAUGAAGGGCCACGAACAGGAGAGCCUGUUCAAGUGCGAGGUGUGCGCCGAGCGCUUCCCCACACACGCCAAGCUCAACUCCCACCAGCGCAGCCACUUCGAGCCUGAGAGGCCCUACAAGUGUGAUUUCCCAGGCUGUGAGAAGACAUUCAUCACAGUGAGUGCCCUGUUUUCCCAUAACCGAGCCCACUUCAGAGAACAAGAGCUCUUUUCCUGUUCUUUUCCUGGAUGCAAUAAACAAUAUGACAAAGCCUGCAGACUGAAAAUUCACCUGCGAAGUCACACAGGUGAAAGACCAUUUAUUUGUGACUCAGACAGUUGUGGCUGGACCUUCACCAGUAUGUCCAAACUUCUCAGGCAUAAAAGGAAACAUGAUGAUGACCGGAGGUUCACCUGUCCUGUGGAAGGCUGUGGCAAGUCAUUCACUAGAGCAGAGCAUCUGAAGGGCCACAGUAUCACCCACCUGGGAACAAAGCCAUUUGAGUGCCCUGUGGAAGGGUGCUGUGCCAGGUUCUCAGCUCGCAGUAGUCUGUACAUUCAUUCUAAAAAACAUCUGCAGGAUGUGGGUGCUCCAAAAAGCCGCUGCCCGGUGUCCAGCUGCAACCGACUCUUCACCUCCAAGCACAGCAUGAAGGCGCACAUGGUGCGGCAGCACAGCCGGCACCAAGAUCUUGUACCUCAGCUGGAAGCGCCAAGUUCUCUCACACCCAGCAGUGAACUGAGUAGCCCGAGCCAAAGCGAGCUCACCAACAUAGAUUUAGCAGCACUUUUCUCUGACACACCUGCUAACGGUGGCAAUUCGGCAUCUGGGUCAGAUGAAGCCCUGAAUUCUGGGAUCCUCACCAUUGAUGUCACUUCUGUGAGCUCUUCUCUGGGAGGGAAUCUCCCUACUAAUAAUAAUUCCUUAGGGCCAAUGGACCCCCUGGUUCUGGUGGCCCACAGUGAUUUGCCUCCAAGUUUGGACAGUCCUCUUGUUCUUGGGACAUCAGCCACAGUUCUCCAACCAGGCAGCUUCAGUGCAGAUGAUUCACAGACCAUGAGCACAGGAGCAGUAGGCUGUCUGGUGGCUGUGCCUGUGAGGAACUUAGGUCAAGACCCACCAGCUUUGACCCCCAGCAAUAACUUGACAGCACCUUCUAGCACACCAACCUCUUCAGGCACUGUGCAAGAAACUGCCAGUGUCCCAGAUCUGCUGGUUCCAAUAAAGGUGGAACAAGACUUGCCUCCAGUUCCAGAUGUGGUCCAGGGGCAGGAAGAAAGCCACGGGCCAUCCCAGUCUAUGCUGUCCAGCUCUGCAAAGAGGCAAGGGGCUCAAAAUGACUCAGAGCACUGUUCUGGCACCAGUCUCUACUUGGAAAGUGGGGGCUCAGCAAGAACUGAUUACCGAGCCAUUCAACUAGUCAAGAAAAAAAAGCAGAAAGGAACUGGGAGCGAUGAAGGAGCCUCUGAGUCUGCUCAUAGGAAAAUGAAAGGUGGUGUGGUCAACCCUCCUCAUGUCCACUCAGGCCAGCACAGUUGUUUUUGUGGAAACCUCAUGGUACCCAGUGGAAGUCUACCAGCAACAGCCCCUGCAGCUGGGCUGCACUGUGUCCAGAUCCCUGUUGUGCAGCCUGUCUCACUGCAUCUGUGCAAGCCCUUGCCUUUGUUAGGACUGACGUAUCAGGAUGACCCCUCAGGUGAAGGAGGCCUGCCACUGACCCUUAGCCCUCAGCGCUCUGCCUUCCACCCCUACUUCACUGUGGAUCUGCCUGUCUAUGUCCUCCAGGAAGUGCUUCCAGCACCUGGAGGUUCUGUUGGCCUGGAAACUGCACAGCUACCAGGAAGCACUAUCAACCUGCGGGACCUCCAGUGACAGCAGCCUGAGCAAACACAGACCGUGGUCCAGACUAUCAUCAAGACUUCAGAUGAUGGGGUGGGCAGGGAAACCUCACUUGACUUCUGCUCAGCAGUCCAUACUGAUUCUUUGAGACUUUGUGGUACACAAAUUGAAAGUGCUUUUAUUCUGUUCCAUUGAGCCAGUUUGGGCUGUACUCUGAAACUGCCUCCAUAUGUUUCCCUUGGUGAGAUAGGCUGGGUUCACUUGUUACAUUAAAAGAUCGCUGCAGGAAGUGGGUAGAUCAUGGCUUCCUGCUCUGGUGCACCUCUGUAUUAAGUCUGGACAGGGCCUUCAAUCGUAGUGUUAGCAUUUUGCCAGACACAUCUAGAAAUCUGGUUUUUUUCUGAGUUUGUAUGACAGACUGCUUCUCACCUGCUGGGAUGGUGUUGGUGGGUGUGUUGGUUUUACUAUGCUGUAUGCCAUGGUGAAGCCAAAUUCAGGCUGAGCUCUUGCAAAGCAGACAGGCAGCUAGUCUGAACAGUGAUUAGCUGGCCUACUGCCUACCAGUGACCUGUGAGUAGCCCUCUUCCUAGACCGAUAGUUUGGCUCACAGUUUGGGAAUGAAGAUUUCAGACUUUUAAAGUCAUCUUUCUAAAUUCUGGUUUGGGGAGUCAUGGUAAACAGUAACUUGUCAGCAGUCUCUAGAGUGAGCUUCAGAAUGCUGUAUAUUAUGUGUAGGGCUGGAAUGAUAGGCUUGUUUUGUGGUUGAGGUUGAUAUUAUGUGGGCCUUGUAUGUUUUCACAGACUGGUUCAGUCUUCCUAGAUAAGACUGCUGGGCUGCCUUGCACCUAUUUAUUUGUUAAGACUGGAUACAGGGUCGCUCAGAAAUGCAUUUUUCUUGGGCAUUUUGGAGUGUGUGCUUAUUCCAUACUGUUUGGUUCUGUCCCGUCUGAGUUGCUUGGUUUCUUGGAUUUGGGAAGGGCCCUGAGAUGGGCAUGAGUCCUCCCUGGAUGGCUCUAUAGUGCCGUCUACCUGGGUGCUGCUUCCUACAAGGGGAUUAUAAAUCCCACUUGAGAAGGCUCCUUUCCAUGGUUUCUCCUGCAUCCUAGGCCAAAGUUUAGGGGUUGAACUUGCUCACCUGUCAUCAGGGCCCUCCUCACUCCAUAGGCAGCCUGGUACCAUUGUCACCUGCCUCAAGAGCCCACCCAUAGAGAAGCUGCUUCCUCUCAGAGCCUCCAGGGUGUGUGUGCAAGUGAGCACUGGAGCUUCCUGCUGCCAUGGGCCCAAUUCUUAGUGCAAAUGAAUAAAAGUGUUUGUAUGUCAUGUCCAAA